CGAGCGAGCUCGGAGGAGCGAGAGCGAACGAGUAGCGUGGUUCGCGCGUGCGUGCGUGUGUAUGUGCGUGCGAACUCGGCAAGCACACACACGGGCACACUUAUCGGAGCUGCGCUCUCUACGUGUAGAGCAUUAUUGUGUUGUAUACCCGUUCGUCAAGGGGUUCUCUUGGGUGGACGACGGUUCACUCGGCACUCUUGUGGCUCCCGUAUUCUCUGGUGAAAAAAGGCGAAAAGGAGAAGACCGAAGGAGAGGGAGAGGGAGAUAAAGAAGAUAAAAGAAGAGGUUGAAAACGACGAAAGUACGCAAAAAUUAUGCGUACUCCCGCGAAUGGUUCAGUGUGCUCGUUGCGUGGACGAUCGAUACGCCAUUGCGCGACGCUUCGUGCAAUGUAAAAUCGCUCCCCACCCCCUCCCUAAAGAGAGCCUCCCUUCCCUUCCCCUCCACGAAUGUCUGCGCGACCCCGAGGAUUGCCCGAGAAGAUAUCUGUCAAAAGGCCCGCGGAGUUGUAAACGCUGUGCGAGAAAGAGUGUAUCCACGGGGGAAAAGAGUCAGUCGAGUGUCGUGGUUAUAAAAAAAGUGUGUGUAUCUCUUUGUGUUUCUGUUCUUUGGAUACAACAGAAAACGCAGAAAAAAAUUGCGAUACAUAUCCCGAAAUGCAAAAAAACGAAACAGAACUUUCAUUUCAAAAUUCCCGAUAAGAUAAAACCGGGAUCGAAACUGACUGCUGUACGUUUUUUCGUGUCUGUGAACUCGGCAGCUUUUGAAUUCGUUUAUUCUCCGAGAGGAUCAACUCUCCGGGAUUUGUGCUUCGUCUUUUUCUCAGUUUUUUUUUUUCUACAUAGGUUUUUCUUCGUUAUCAUUUUGUGCCUGUGCGCGCGUAUAGUAAAAGAUCGUUGCGGAGUGGAUUUUUACGGUACGGACAUGUGUUGUUUCGCAGGUCGCAAGAAAGGCCCGAGGCCCAGCGACCAGGCCACCGACCCAUACCAGUGACCGAACCUGUACUCUCGAGGUUGUAGUUCUAUAUAUACAUAUAGGUAUAUAUAUGUAUUGUAGUAUACUACUCGUUGCUCAGUGGUGCCACGGUGUAUCCCCAUAACCAUAAGCCCGUGAAGACCAGCUCAAUCCAUAAACCCUGUAAAAGAUCGCCACGGACUAUAAAAAAAAACACGUUUGACGCUUCAGAAUCUCAGCAAUUUCAAUUUUUUGUUUCUCCUUCCAGAACGUUUUUUUUCACUACUCGUGGUAUCUUUUUUUUCACCAACUGUUCAACUUUUUUCACCUCUGUUCCACGCUAAAGAUUCGUGUUGUCUGGCGAAUUUUUUUUCUCUCUUUUUGUUCAACAUCUCCUCAAAACUGUGCGUGCAUCAUCCAGUGUGCGUCUGUCUUUCUCUCGCUGGCGAACUCGUUUAUACGCGCUUGCGUGUGUCCGUUCGACUGUUAUUCUGAUCCUUCCUAUAUAUGUGUGGCUACGAGAGAGUCCGCGAAUUAUCGUGACAUAGAAAGAAGAAAGAAGAGAAAAAAGGAAGCGAAGCAAAAAAAAACGAAACUCGAAGAGAGUGCGUGGUGCGACGGAUCAUGGAUAACGGCGUGAGCGCCUUGGUGUUUUCAUCAACGUCGUCGCGGUCGCGGUCGUCGUUUUCGUCGCCGUCGUCGUCGUCGUCGUUUUUCCCGACGUCGACGCCGUCGUCGGGAAUAUCACCGGAGAAACGACCAAGUUAGAGAGAGAGAAACGGGGCGCGCUAGCGUGCUGUCUCUCUCUCUCGCGUGCACUUCUCGUUGAAGAUUUCGCGGUUUUAUAUAUACAUAUAUAAAAGUACAUUCAUGUAUAUGUACAUAUAUACACACAGUUUAUAUACAUAUACACGAUACGAGGGUUAAACGGGUGUUCUGAGAGUGCCGCGAUAGAAAGAAAGAACAAAUAAAUAAAGAAAUAAAAAUAAAAGAAACAGUGUGUGGACGAGGGAAUAAGAAGCAACCGUAGGUCAUCCGAAGAGAUGGACCGGGUUUAUCUCGGUUUUAUUUGCUGGCGUAACGAGUAUUUCAGUGGAUACGUCGAUUGUGCGACUAGUGUCGAUGAAAAUCACGGAGAAUCGCGUUUUUCUCGCAGUCCUCGUAAGCGAACCUUCCAAGCAAGUGCUAAACUUUUGAUAGACACAAUUGAUAUAUCUCGCGAGUUAACUUCGUAUUAAAAUGUGCCCCCCACGUGAGAUUCUUCGAUCCGCGGCUACGUAAGAGUGGAGCUCUUUUUUUUCUUGUCUUGUGCGUAAAAAAGACAAAAAAAACAUUGCCUUGUUUGUUACUGUUACCGUUGUUGUUCCUGUUUCGUUGAAAAUUUAAGUUUUGAUCUGUUGCCGGUGAAGGUUAACACAGGAAAAGAAAAAGUUUAUAGGAAUAAUUAACAUCGAGUGUGUGUUCGAAGCGCUGUGACACAGCUUUGAAAACCCAAUAAUGGAGACGCUCCUACCCGUCAGUACCAAUACACAAUCUUACAGUCCUCAGUUAAAGACUGUCUUAAAGACUUAUCAGCUGUCCGCUGUUAAAAGUCUUCAAGGACCAAGCUCCGCCCUACUGGGUAUGGACUGCAAAGCCUUGCGCCAGGAACAAUCACCCUUUCACUUCCCAUCCCUUGCAGCAGCGGCUGCCGCUCGUUCGCCCAACUGUGCCCUUGACAGUUGCGUCGAACUGACUGUCAAGGACAGCAAAAAAAUUCUUGUCGAGGACAUUGCCCUCGUAGAACCUCCAGCCGUUGUUUCCAGAAAGGAACAACGCUCUCCCAUUGACUCAGACGACGAUCCGCAGCCUGAAAAACUGAAGAGUCUCGUAUGCAGCGACAAACGUCAAUUGGAAUUUCAAAUUCCAAUUUUGACAGCGCCAGAUCAAAGCUGCUCGGAACGAUGCGAAACUAUACUGGAAAACGAGAGAAUAUCUUGUUUCGUUGUUGGUGGAGAGAGAAGACUCUGCUUGCCCCAAAUCCUCAAUACGGUCCUACAGGAUUUUUCCUUACAACAGAUCAAUCAAGUAUGCGACGAGCUGCAAAUCUAUUGCUCUCGCUGCAACCACGAUCAGCUCGAAGAGCUCAAACUUUCUGGUAUUCUGCCUCGAAAUGCCCCUUCCUGCGGUCUCAUCACUCAAACCGAUGCGGAGCGUCUCGUCAGUGCUCUCUUAAGAAGAACCGAGUCUCUCAGAGAAAGCACCCGAAUGCUGCAGGACACCGACGAUGAUCUCAUUGCUGAGGAAAAGGCCAGGAACAAAAAAGAAUGCCUGGAAGAAUCGAUAGGCAGAUUCAAAGUCUACCACGAAUGCUUCGGCAAGUGCAAAGGCAUUUUUGAUGCGGACAUCUUCACCUCCGAAGAUUCACCAUGCAUAGAGUGCCUUGAGUGCGGAUGCCAGUUUUCACCCCAACGAUUCGUGCGACACGCUCAUCGACCUCUCGAAAAUCGCACCUGUCAUUGGGGAUUCGAUUCCACUAAUUGGCGAUCCUAUCUCUUGCUCUCUCGUGAUCAACAACACUACAACAAAAUUCUUGCACUCUUUCGUAAUCUCAAGGAACGAUAUCCUGUUCCGAGCUUUAAGAGAAAAGCAGAGCUUCGACACGAGACUGAGAAAUUGGCAAAAAGAUCGAAAAAGGAAAUCGGACGUGAGGAAUGCACGGGAGUGUACAAUGGAAAUGGUAUGGGAAUGUAUCAUCCUGUCUCACCUGCAGGAAACGCGAGUGAUCCAUAUUUGCAAAUGCAAUGGGCCGUUUUCGAGCUUGCCACGAGAGGAGCAUCAGCUUUCAGGCCGUGGAAUUCGGCAGCUUCGUGCAAACACAGGGACAGUUCGCCAUUGGUGCCUGCUUACCUGAGUCGAGGUCCACCGGUUCUGCAGCAUCCGGAGCGGGUCGUACCGAUGUCAGAGUGCGAAAGGUUCGAGCCGCAUUUCCAGCCGAAUGUAGCAUUAGCGCCGAUCGGAGCACCGAGUUUGCCGGGCGGUGGUGUACCGCCACCACCCUCGGGUUCAUCGAGCGUGCAUCCUCGUCGCUUGAAUCACCACGAGCGACGUCGAAGCAAUAACUGCGCGAGUCCUGGAUUGGAGAAGGUGGAUACGCUCGGGAUAAGCGUAAAGUUAGAAAAGCCCCCGACACCGGGACCGGAGACAAUGACUGACGUUUACACGCCUCUGCACGUGUGUACGACGGCGGGUGAACACAGUCAAAACGACGAGAGUCCCGAGGAUCGUCUCGAUCCUGUAAAGCAUCGGGCCGUCGAGGACCGCGACGAGGAGCAGGAAGAAGGAUCUCCGAAAGCGGAACAUCCGGAAGUGGAGGAGGAGGAGGAAGAAGAGAGCAGCGCCGCGGUGACGUCGUCGACCGUCACGAUGGAACCUCCACCGGCGGAGGUUGGCACCUCCCACGACAGUGAUUCCGAGUCGAUAAACGUCUCAGUAGCAGCAACUGCCGAAUUAGAAGAACGUCUUCUCGCUCUCGACAUCCCUCAGGACGUUCUGACCCUCGUACGGACAAUUUCCCACGAGAAUCAACGCUUGAGGGAUCGUCAUCGGGCGAAUUUACGCGAAAUCGCUAGGUUACGAGCUCAAUUGGAUUUACAAAAGAUUCAAACGAUCGAUCUUCAUUACGAAAGAAAUAACGUUGCGAAUCCAAGUGCCGCUGAUAGUACGGAAAUGAAUGAGGAAACCGAUUCGACGUUGCAAAUCGUUAAUAAGGAAAUCGAACCUUCGUUAGCUUCGGUUAGUAAUAAUUAGAAUAAUAUAUAUAUGAACGCAUAUAUAUAUUUAUAUAUUACGCAGGAUAUCCCAGGGUAAAUUGUCAAUUAUAUAAAUUUAAACUCAGCAUCGAAUUCCGAGUCGAAAAGUCACUGCAUCCGAUGAUCUUAUCAAUUAGCUUCAUUGAAUUUGACUAAUCUUUUCAUUUUUUCCGUCGUCAUUUAUUUCGUCGUGAGAAUCCCAUAAAGAGGAUGGAUCAGUCGGUAUAUCGCAACUCUGAGUACGAGAGAGGUAGCUGUAAAUUUCGAAAUCGUAAUUCUUUGAGACAGUUUGAACGAUGAAAAAAAGGCUCUGUCAGCCCAUUUUUGCCAUUGCCCUGCGUAGGUUGACAGAGCCUUUCAAACGGUGUCAAAGAAUUUCCAUUUCGAAAAUUCCAAGUGAGGUAAGUUGACUGAUCCAUACUCUUGCGCAAAAAUCUGAUACUUGUGAGAAAUUUGCUGCCCGAAAAAGUCCAAAAAUUCAUCAAUUUUUGCUCCACCCUCGUUGUUUAAACGGUAUUCGCUGUAAAUAUGAAGCGAUUCGUUAAAUCAUGAAUAACAAAUCAUCGGUAAGGUACGAUCAGAAAACGCCCAACUUUUUAACUCGAAUUUCACUGCGGAACUUGAGUUUAUGUUGUCGACCAUUUAAGUUGGAAAAUCCUGUAUAUGUGCACGAAGUAUUCCACUCCAAUCUGAGCUGCGUCUGAAUCUCACGUGCGAACAUGCGAAGUAAUCGAUCACUUGAAGAAUAAUGAAACUGUUGAAGUUUUAUAAAAUACACAGAAAUGCAUAUAAUUUUGUGUAUGAUGAAAAGGUUUUUAAGGCGUGUCUUCAGAUCGGUGAAAAAUCGUGGCGAAUUGAACGGUCAGCACGAAAAUGUACACGCACAAGCGUAAAAAUUUUCACUAAACCUUUGAAUUCGCCACAACUUUUUACCAGCCUGAACGCAGCUUUACAAUCUUAAGAAUGUUUCACUCGCAAAAUAUUUAUUCCCGGCAAAAUGAUCAUUCGACGAGAAUUUUAGUAUUUAACGAUUAAAUAAAAUUCGGGAAAACUGCACUCAACAUUCGGACGCCAUGAAUCACAAUAUUUUCAAGAAAUUAUGCCGUAAAUAAUUUUCUGAUUGAAUCAUACCAAAAAAUCGAUAUUCCCAAGGUCACAAAAAUGGCUGACAUUGUUAUCCACAUUUUUGUCAAAUCGCCAAGUGCGAAAAUUCUCGUGGAAUAACAUUUCUCACUGGGGACAUAUAAGCAUAACAUUACAAGCAAAUUUCAUGAAAUUUCAAAUUUCAUCUUGAAAAAUCGUACUUCGAUUUAAAAAAAAAAAAAACAAAACAAAAAAAUCUUAUUAAAAAUGCACUUUUUUCAUAUGUGCAUUAAAAUGGGUAUGGAAAAUGUGCAAAUGAACAACCACAAUGUUAGACACAGUGAGAUAAAUCGUAAUUCGAUUUGGACCGGAGUGCUUUUCACACAUAUAUUUCCAAUAUAAGGAUAAUGUGAAACGAUGAAAACAAAACUGCUCAGCAAUUAUUGCGACGCUCAUCUAUUUUCGCGAGAUAAGCGUGCACUGAAUUUUUUUUUAGUACACUAGAGAGAAAAAACAAACAAACAAACAAACGGUAACGAUAUAUAUAAAAAUAUAAUUAAAUUUAAAUAUAUAAACAAUUCUAAAUGAAAUAAAAAAAGAAGGAACAAACAAAAACUCGGUGAAAUGAAGAAGAAGAAGAAGAUGAAAAAAAUGAAUAAAACUGUCUUGGUUAUGUGAUAUAUGAAGAGCCUUUAAAGUUGUAACACAGUUAAUUUUUGCGUUCUCAUUGUAAGUAAACUUUAUCGACGGUUUUGUUUGUGACCGAAUCUGUAGAUAUUGUAUUAUACGAAGGAGAAGAAGAUUAAAAAAAAGAAACGAAAACGAGUAAUAGGUUUAACGUGAGAAAGAAGGCAUAAAAACGAAAAUGAAAAGAAAAAAAGAAAAGGAACGAUGAAAAAAGCGAAAACCUUACCACGCCGAUGUCUAUUAACAUGACUUUAUUAUUAAAUGCGUAAGCGUUUUUGUGUAUAUUAAAUAUGCAUAAUUACGCAAUAACAAGAACAACAAGAACAACAGCAGACGAAAGAAAAAAAAUCGUUUUUUAUGGUCGUACGUUUGAUCUGUCAAAGUAGAUAAUAUUUCAAGUCGAUGAAAAAUCACGAAUAAAAUAUUCAAGUCACCCGUUUUUUAGAUUGCUUUCUAUCGACAUUAUCGUAAUCGUGGGGAGGGGGGGGAAAAAGAAAAUGGUAAAACAUUAAAAACACACACAUUUGAAAAAAUUAUCGUAUCAUGUAAAUACAUUGUCUCUCGUCAUAGGCGUAUCUUCGUAAUAGUAAUAAUUACUAUUAUCGCGCGAAUUAUUGGAAAAAAGUACAAAACAAACCCUACUUAGGUGCUAUGUUGUUACACUAGGCGGUUACCACCGGGUACGAGCGUUACGCUCAUUACGAAUCGUGUAUUUAGGGGCAUUGAAAAAUCAUUCUCACGCUCUGUGUGCGUGCGUGUGUGUGUGUGCGCGUGUGCGUGUCUUUACCGACGUAUUGGAUGUGUACACAAUCACCGUCUGAAAGGCGCUAAUUCCUUUGAUGCUCAAACGAGAAAUAUUGUAUCGACAGUUCGCGAUAAACAAACGGAGAGAGCUGUUGCUGCUGUUGCAUGAAUAACUAAAAUUCGGUUAAAUAUUAAAGGCGAAGGGUAGUGAAAAUUUGAGCUCCGAAACAAGAACAUUGAAAAUAUUUGUUGAUUUACAUUUGAAUGAUCGUUCCUUCAUUCAUCACAAUUUUGAAAGUUUUUAUAAAUUAUAAAAAUUGUUAAAUUCUUCGUCGAUAAAACGUUCUUGGCGAAACUAUUAGAAAAUUUUCUAAUCGAUAAACACGCGAAAGAUUGAAACACUUGAAACCCUAUAUAUUUGUGAGAUAUUGGACGAUCUCGAUAAGAUUUUCGGCUGCUUCUUCAUCCCAAGUGUGAACCUGUCUAUGCACCCGAUACGUCCUGCGAACGUCCCCACACAUUUCGGAAUAAUCGCACGAGCAUAGAAAUUUAUUGACGAAAUCAUCCGCGCAUUGAAAGGACUCCGCGAAUAAUAGCAAUAACGAUCACACCAACGUCCUCGGUACCCUUUCGCUCGUUCGCGCCAUAACGUCAUCCUUUUUAUCGGUUAAACAAAUAAAAGAAUACGUCGACGUCCGUUUUUUCUUUACUUUCGCUUCAGCAGCCACCGGUACAUCGGUUAAGUCUCAAAUGACUAUAAAAACUUAGUUAACCCGGCGUAUUCGAUGCCCGGUUUCUACAGACGCACCGCAAUUUACCUUAGCAGACGACCGGCCCCUCGAGAAACCUAUUCAUAGAAAAAAAAUGAAAAUGAAGGAUAUUAAAAAAACAACCAUAAUAAAUUACUUUCUCUUUAUCAAGUCAAACCGUACUACUCUAUAUGUAUAGACGAUAUAAUACAAUUAGUCAUAAUUAUUAUUCAUGAUAAAUACAUUUGUGUGUAUAAAUAUAAAUGAAAAUAUAUUUAUACACAUGUAUUUCAUUAUUAUUAAAUUAAAAAAUAAUAAUAAAAACAAAUACGAAGAAAAGAUGAGAAACGAAUCGUGUAUCGUACAUGUUCACACUGCAUUGUAUAGUCUCGAGUAGACACGUCAAUUAUUUUCUUUUUUCUCAUGAUUUGUGUAUUCGAAAUGAAAAAGAAAAAAAAAAAAAAACACCUUACACACAUACAAGCCUUUCGGUGAAAGAUUGCUUCGAAAAUCUCUGGUGGUUGCCCCUCCCCCGUUUCCGCAGACACUUUUGCAGGAGAAUCGUUGGUUCUUCGUGCUGCUAGAUAAUUAGUAAUCUCGAGACAGCGUGACCGGGCAUUUCGCCAUUUCGUACAACACCUUGCGUACGUUUGUAAUAACGCGAAUAUGAAUAUACGUCAAUAUUGAUUUUUGCCUCGAUUAGUACCGCUUUUUUUCAGCCGCCACGUCUUCACCGUUGAAAAUAAUAAAAAAUAAGAAAAUCUUAAAAUGUGUCUUCCUCCCCGAGCGAAAACUUCCCAAUGGAAGUUCCUCUUAGGACGAAAUUAAAGAGCAACAAAAGCCUCUUGAACUCGCUCUUUUUUUCGAUCAUUCGCCCACACACGGACACUCGUUUCUCAAACGUACCAAGAGAAAGGGAAUGCACGAUAGGAUUUCAAAGCAAUUUCAAUUUAUCGACGAUUUUGAAGUUUGCAUCGUUCGAAUACACUACGAAAUUCAUCGGUUUCUUAGUACCCAAACUUUAUUCACUAACAUUUAACCCCAACAUCAAUUUCUAACCUCAAAAAUUUUACGAAAAUAUCGAAUUGUUCGGUGAAUUCAACUGAAACAAUAUUUCUCGACGCCUUCCAACAAUGCAAACUUCGAUGCCAUUAUUAUUAUUACCAGACCCCCCCCCACUCCUCUUCCCCCUCCCCAAGUUUACUAUAUAUAUUACCAUAUAUAUACACCGAACCAACGAAAAACAAAAUGAUAAGACAAUUCAAUCAUUACGUUCAAUGUAACUCAAGCCCCAUAAGAUUUGCAUUGUAACCUUACUGAUAUUAUAAGAAUCCCACCUAAGAUAAACAAUGUAAUAGUCUACGUUUUUCAUACACACUCAGUUAUUAUAUAUUUACUUAGGAUAAAUAUUGAAGAACAAAUCAUGUACAAGAAUAUAUAUUCAUGUGUAUUUACGCAUAUGAAUAUACUAACAUAUAUGAAUAUAUUUAAAAACAACAUGUAUCUGGCGUACUACUCUGUUUGAAAAUACAAUCUGAGGUCAAUAGACACAAGUUAUACCAACCCCCCGCCCUGAGGAUCGUGUGUGACUGCCGAGUCUUGAAAUGUAUUUCGAAUAGUAAAAAGAAUAAAAAUUAAUAUUAAUUAUAAUAAUGAUACAAAACGGUAAUGUAAUUUAUAAAUAAAAAAUACAAAUAUUUGUGA